AAAAUGUGUUUGACGAAUUCAGGUAUGAAUCUAUCAAAAGACAAGUGAAGAUCCGAAACAAACCAAUGAAAAAGGUCAGUGAUUUCAUUUCUCAUACAACUUUUAAGAGCAAAAUGUCUCGAAAAAUCAACAACAUCAAUGAAAAGUUGAGGGCUAUCAAUAAGUUAGCCAAAAACCUCGGUCUCCAAUCACUCAUGGUUCCUCCUCGGCAAAUACUACCAAUUCGUGAAACAGAUUCCAUAGUAGUUUCUUCGGAGGUUGUUGGUAGAGACAGCGAUGUUGAAGUGAUAAAGAGAAAGAUGUUGAACAUCAGAGAGGAUGUUGUUCUGUGCACCAUUCCCAUAGUUGGUAUGGGGGGUUUAGGCAAAACAACUAUGGCUAAGAGAAUUUUCAAUGAUGAACAGAUCUUGAAACACUUUGAAAAGAGAGUUUGGUUGUGUCUACCUGAAAUGUCAGAAAUUAAGAGCUUUAUUCAACUGAUCCUUGAAUCCUUGACAAAGAGGAAAGUUGAGGUCCAAAGUAGAGAUAUAAUAGUCAAGACGCUACAAGAUGAAUUGGCAGGAAGAAAGUAUUUGAUUGUCCUGGAUGAUUUUUGGCGUGUUGACUCUACAUUAUGGGAUGAGUUUGUGAACACCUUGCGAGGAAUACAUACAUCCCGAGGAAACUUCAUUCUUGUGACUACUCGUAUGAACAGGUGGCGUCCACAGUAGCAGCAGCAGCUCCUCAUAGGUUGGAAAAAUUAGCAAAAGAUCAUUGUUGGUCCAUUUUCAAACAAAGAGCAUUUGUUGAUGUGGAAGUUCCAGAGGAAAUAGUGAUCAUGGAGAACAGGAUUGUGGAAAUGUGUCAAGGUCUACCAUUGGCGGCAAGUGUGUUGGGAGGCCUUUUACGCAACAAGCAAAAACAUGAAUGGCAGGCAAUUCUUGAUGGAAACCCCCUUGUUGCAGGUGAAGAUGAUAACAGAGAAAAUAGCGUUAAGAAAAUCCUAAAACUCAGCUAUGAUUAUCUACCAUCUCCACAUCUGAAAAAAUGCUUUGCUUACUUUGCAAUGUUUCCAAAAGAUUUUGAGUUUGAAAAGGACCAACUAAUCCAACUCUGGAUGGCAGAAGGCUUUCUUCAUCCAUGUCAAGAGAUCACUGUAAUGGAAGACAUCGGGUACUAGUUCUUUCAGCUCUUGUUGCGAAAUUCCUUGCUGCAAGAUGUUAAGUUAGAUAAGCAAAACAACAUAACACACUGUAAGAUGCACGAUCUUGUGCAUGAUUUGGCUG